AUGAGUGGUUUCACUGAUCCAGGGCUCAACGAACGACAAACGCGAAGCUCGUCCUUCCAACAGAAUGAGAGAUGCUGUGAUCAGCAUCUUGUUCGUGGAGGAGGGUGGCAGAGCACCACAAAGUGGACGAGAGAAACCAAAGGGAGCGGAGGGCAGAUUAAUCAGGCAACAUCAAAGAGAGCAGCAGGGCGAAGGGAGGGAAUGGGGCAAAAGAUGAAUGGAGACCAGCCGCCUGAUUUUUCUUCUUCUUCUAUUUCCAUGCCAUCCCUCAGUGCUUCGUUUGGCACGCUGUCUGAUAGAGGAACAGUAGUGAUGGAGGCCGCUCUGUCCCGCGCUCUGUCUGCCAUAGACGCUGCCGUAUCGGACCGCAGCAAGGCCGAGGCAGGCUGCAAAGGGUGUGUGCCCUGUCUGUUUCAGGACUGUGGACAACGAAAAGGCGCCUGUGCAUCUCCAAAGGACACACAGUCAGAGCCGAGCUGUGAGGUCAUAUCUCGCGCCCAGCAGGAAGCUGAUGAAGGAGAGAGGAGCUGGUUGCUGAGUCAGGCCUGUGGCUUCUACAAACGCCGUUGCACACCUGCACAGGUGAACAGAGACCUGUGCAUCAGAAUCAUGGGUAAGAGCUGCAGCGCUCGGGUCCUGCAGUGCAGUCUACUCAACACCAUGCAGAACCUGGAGCCGGUCACACAGACCACAGCACAGGCUGUGUGUGGCCAGCGUUUCUCUGUCUCGCAAAACCUGACACAGUCUCGCGCUCGUAUCAUGGGGGGAUCUCCUGCUCCUCUGGGCAGCUGGCCAUGGCUGGUGAACCUUCGGCUGGACGGGGCUCUGAUGUGUGGGGGCGUGCUGGUUGACAGCUCUUGGGUCCUCACUGCCGCCCACUGCUUUGCUGGACCUUAUGUAGCCCUGCCCCUUUUCAGCACUGCGCUCGUUGUCUUCUGUCCUCCGUUUAACCCAAAGACGUUUAAUAACGACAUUGCUCUGGUGGAGUUGAGUUCUCCAGUAAUUCUGUCUGAACGGGUCACACCUGUCUGCCUGCCCUCUGACCUGGAUCCACCGGCUGGUACACUCUGCUUGGUGGCCGGCUGGGGCUCUUUGUAUGAGGACGGACCCUCUGCAGAUGUGGUGAUGGAGGCGAAGGUGCCCCUGCUGUCUCACACCACCUGUCGCAGUGCACUGGGGAAGGAGCUGCUCACAAACACCAUGUUCUGCGCUGGGUACCUGUCUGGAGGCAUUGACUCAUGCCAGGGUGAUUCUGGAGGGCCGUUGAUCUUCCAGGACCGUUUAUCGGGACGGUUUCAGCUGUUUGGCAUCACCUCUUGGGGGGAUGGCUGUGGGGAGAGGGGAAAGCCUGGCGUUUACACACGGGUCACUGCCUUCUCUGAUUGGGUCAUGACAGAGAUACAGAAGUCCUUUGGGAGUCGGGAGCCCACAUGUCCUGAGCUGCUUAAGACAACUGAGCUGUCUGAAGAACAGCAGAUGUCAGAAUUUACCACGCUCUGCCACUUCUACACACUAUCCUGCUCUUCGACCCUCGACCCCUCUGCCUGCCAGCGUCUCGCUCAGGACAAAUGCCAAAGCCGGUUUAAGAAGUGCCAGAUGCAUUCCUUCCUGCAGACUCUGCUGGACUUGCUUCAGAAGGCCGAUGACUACAUCAGAGAUAAAGUCGAUCUGACCUUCUUCACUCAGACUCUUCCUCAGUUGGUGGAGAAUGUGUACAGCUCUGCUCAUAUACCACGAAGACGCAGAAGUGCACUUGAAAAAGAGCAGGUAGGCCGGCCAGCACUAUUCCAGCAAGUGGGCCCCCUGGUGGACGACUGGGAGAGCUACCUUACAGGCAUUGCUGAAGAUCUGGAUCAACACAAAGAACUAAAGAACUCACAGGAGCUGUCUCAGGAGCAACAACUCUUCACUCCGGAUGAGGACAGUAAAAAAGCAUCUCUUCAGCAGCUCGACGGAUCACUGCGCUCCUCCAUUGCUGCCCUGCGUUCCAAACUAGAAUCAUUGCGCAUUCCUGUCAUACCAGAAUUGGUGGAUAAUGGUGCCAAAUCUAGGGAGUCUGUAUUGUCAGCUGACAUUUGGACUGCUCUGAUAUAUAAAGCUCUGAGAGGAAGCGGCACAGGAAGUGUCACAGGGCGUCCGGUGAUGACAGCAUCCCCUCGGGAUGAUAUGGAUACAACAUCCAGAUCUGUGGAACCUUCAACGCAACCACUGAAACUCAAGAACCAGGAACCUUCUGACUCAGUGCUUGAAAAACACUCCGUCCCUACCCAGAUGCCCCUGCUUCAACAGCCACUCUUCAAAAUUUGCUCAGGAGUAACUGAAUCAGCUCAGCUGAUCAGCACCACCAAAGAGAUGUACAACUGGAUCCUGUCUGUUCCAUCUAACAGCAUAAACAUGAUCUUCCAGGAGGUGCUGGUUGACCUGAAUUCUAAGAAUGAACGUGGUUUGUAUCAGUCACGGAUCAAGGCCACUGUUGGUGGGCGACCUUUGACCUUUUACAGCUUGGUGGGUUUAGAGAAUGAGGCGUUCUACCGCAGCAUGCCACGCAUCAUUGCCGUCGCCAUUGAUGCUCUCAAAACGUAAAACACACUCAUGUAUGCUGCUGAAAUUAUACUUGAGCUGAAAUGGCAUCCCCAACAUCUUAAAUUCUCUAAUGUGACCUGCUGCUAUGGAAAUGAUUGGAUGGGACCUCCUUGCUAGAGUCAUCACAGGACAGCUGACUCUUCUGGAGUUGGUCACUGCAUACUGAGACUGGACUGACGGUGACUGUAUGUCCACCCUGACUUAACUUAUUACACU